ACGAACGAACGUCAUACAUAAGUACACCAAUAUGGCCGGCAUUAUUGUAAAAAUACUAUGGAUGCGUCUAUUUAAUAAUUACUGUAAAUAAACAUUAUUUUAAUUGAUAUAAACUUACAGCUGUAAGCAAUUAAUGAUGUUAAAGUGUCGUAUUUACCAAAUUUACGCGAUUGAUCAGAAGAUAUGAAUUAAAAUAAAUGAUUGCGAAUCCUCCUCGUAAAAUUGAGGUGUUUUGAUUUGAGUGUUAUUCAUUAUUAUCCGAGAUGUAAUAAUGACUUCAGAGCAAAAAUUCAACUGUGUUUUUUGCAAAGAAUCCUUCGAGGAUAAGGAGACAUUACAAAUUCAUUUUAGAAAACAUGCCGAUCCUACGUUCAAUAAACCUAUACAAAAAACCAAAAAGCCUCAAGAUGAAGCUCAGUUGCCUGCAGAAAAACCAACCUCCAAAAUGGAAAUGGUUAGCUGUGAUGUGUGCUCAGAAGAAUUUCCUUCUAUUUCGAAAGCUAUUACUCACAAGCACAAAAUGCACCCCGACCACGACGCUAAAUAUUUUUGUCCUUGGUGCGGAAAACUCUUUACAUUAAAGCAUUUAUUCAAUAAACACAUGGUGGUGCAUGAAUCCCUGGUGAGUGAUGAGGAACAGUUCCACUGCGACAGCUGCGAAGUCAACUUCCACCUGCCUUCAGCCAUGAUAUAUCAUAACAAGUUCUUCCACCGGCAAGAUAUGGAACUAUUAGCCAUUGGCCACUCCAAGAAGCAAAAACUUAUAAAAGAGGAACUCGUCUCAUUAUAUUAUUGUGCAUUUUGUGGUGAAGAAUAUAUAAAUAAAGUCAAUCUUCAUAAACAUAUGGCUGAUGACCAUGGAGAUGAGAACCAGAGUCCCGAUGAAGUGUUGCGAUGUCCUCGAUGCUUGGCAAUAUUCUACCACCUAGAUGCAUAUGAAGUACAUCUGACAUUCCAUUCUGUUGAGGAUCUUUACUCCAGUGAAGUGACUGGUGAUAAAGAUUUAACAGACUUUACACUAGAGUCUGUCCCUCCUAUACUGGAAAAAGUAGAAGAUUGUGAGCCAGAAGAAGAAGCUGAUAAUGCAAUGGAUAUUGGUGACUUAUUGGGACUGACUGCAGACUCAAAUGAUCCAGCUGAAGAUAAUCAAGUGAAAGUAAAACAUAAAAAGCAUAAAAAACACAAAAAGUCUAAGAAAGAAAAAGCCAUAACUUUAGAUGAGUUUUUAAAUAUGAACACAGACGUGUUCGGGGAUGAUUUAGACUUUCAGGGAGUAGAAGAGGUGCCAACCAAAGUGGUUACAAAAAAAAUUAUAGCCAAACCUAAACCACAAUUACCACCCAAGGCAAAAUUCAUAUCAAAAACUGAGCUGGAAAAAUUAAAACAACAAGGUAUUGUCGUAAAAAUGAAUAAUAAACCCGUUAUUAAGCCGACCGGUGGAAUUAAAAUAGCUGCUGGUGUUAAAAUAGCUUCUGGAAAUUUUGUGAAAAAUAGUAACACAAAUUCGCAAAUAAAAUCCAGUCCACAAAUACUAACAAAAAACAUUAAUGAAGAAGUAUUGUCAAAAUUAAGCCAAACUCAAAUAAAAAUUGUGAAAAAAUCUGCAGAUGCUUCAAGUAGUCAUGAUGUUCACAACAUACAACAAAAUGUUUCUAUUCGACCAAGACCUUCUGAAAGUGAAGAAUGUACUGAUAACAUCACUGGAACACCAGAAAAUAUAGAAGUAGAAUGUGAUGUAGUUCCCAAAAGUUCAGAACCGUCCUCCGAAAUAGAUCGUGAGGAUUUAGAGGAAGAUGUGGAGGCUAAAUCCCGUUUACAAGAAGAUAAAAGUACACAGCCAGCGAUUGAUAAAGGUGAUGUUGAGCCUAAUAUUCACGAAAAUCCAAAGACUGACGCUCAAUUUGUAUCCAAUAACAGAAACGAAAUAGAAAAGCAGAAAACAGAUCCGUUAGAAAACAAUGAUUUAAGUGCGUUGAGUAACCACACACAUAAGACUGAUAUCGCUGAUAAAAAUAAAUUAGAUUCAAUGAAUGUUUUAAAGCAUAUAAGCCAAAAUAUAACAAUCAAACAGCUGAAAAAUAGUGAGCCAAGGGGUGGUUCGCCAAUUUCUCGUCAAACCAAUAGUGACUUGGACAAAGGUAGUGAUGUAAAAGUAUUAAAAAACUCAAAUUUUGACGGACCUGCGGAACCACUAGAAAAUCCACCAACUCCAAUGGAUAACUCUGGUGGUAAAGCAUCACUAAAUGUCCUUAAAAAUUUAGGCCAACACAUAACAGUUAAAUCACCAAUUACGAAACAAGUUACAAGUAGUUCAAACAUCAUGGACAAUAUAGACACAGAAGCUAAUCAAAAUGUAUCUGAGAAUAUUAAGAACGAAAAAAAUACCUGUAAAGAACAUAAAACUGAAAAGUCAUUAAAUGUCUUGAAAAACUUAGGAAUUACAGUAAAGUCGUCAAACACAACAGCUACAGAAAAUACUCCAAAAGACAAAGAUUCCAUUCAAAAGAUUGCUCCUGAAGAUACUAGUAAAAACUUCGUAAUAAAAGACAACCAUAAAAAACCUACGGAGACAUCUGGAAAGUCACUUGAUGUGUUAAAGAAUUUAGGAAUAACGGUAAAGUCGUCUAAAUUACAAAUCGAAAAUGAUAAAUGCAAAGCAAAUGAAGAGAUGGAAGCUGACUUUGAAGAGCAAAUUCAGAGUACAAGUAUAAACAAACCAGUAAUGAAAAAUUAUAAUGUGACUGAAAAAAACCGCGUUCCACCGAAGUCGAACGUGUUGAGUAAUGAACAAUCGAUAAAGCAGUCACCAUUAGUACAGUCAAAGCCAGAAACAUCUGAGAAUGAAUCUAACGAUUAUGAACAUGAUGAACCAUUUACAGAUGAUGAAGAAGAAAGCCAUAAAGAUUUUAAGAUGGCUACUAUGGAUUCGAAUAUUACUCAAAAACUAAUUGCUCAAGGAAUUAUUGUCAAACCACCAAGUCAGUCUCCUAAAUCACAGUCUAAUGUAAUACCAAAAAAAGAACCAGUCAGCCAACAUGUCACUAAACACAUCCAACAAAGGACCGGUUCGAACCCUAUAACUAGAAAUACGGUAAACCCCACCGUAAAAAUGAACCAUAACAUUAAACAAAAAUCUUGUCAUGACAAUCUUAUUGAUAAAGAAUCAAAUGAUGAACCAGAAAUAUUUAGUAUUGAUGAUACAGACAGUGAAGAAGAUGAAAAACCAUCACACAAUACCAUUAAAAAGACUUGCGCAAAAAAAGCCAAUACUACCAAUUUAGGAAGCUUCGAUAAAUCUUUAAACGUUUCACGUAAUAUUAAAAAAGAAACAAAUAACGAACAAACACAAUCACCAAAAAAUUGUGUAAGUGACUCGGAGCUCUGCGAAGAUAAUGAUUAUCACAGCUCUGAAGAUGAAACGGAUCAGUUACCAGAUGAUACCAAUCAUAAUUCCACACAAAGUAUUGCCAAAUUACUGAACAAUAAAAAUAUAUCAUUAAAAAAUUUGCGGUCAGAGAAUUAUGGACAGAUUACACACAAGAAAGAUUUACGGCCUCCUGAAAACAAAGUAGUAGUACGUUCUAAUGAUGAUGAAACAAAUAGAAUAAAAUCGUUUGAUAAUUUCUUAUCAAACGAAAGUAGUGAUGAUGACGGGAUUCCAGCUCAAAAUGUAGCAUCUAAAAAAGAAAGCAACAUAAAACACUUAGGAAAGGACUUGACAGUGAAGGCUUUAAGAGAUGAUGAUAAUAGUCCACUGGAAGAUUUUGAUGACGACUAUGACCUUGAUGACGAACCUACAGAAAGCGAGAGUCAAACCGUAAUAAACAAAUUAAAAAGCAUGAAUAAAAGUUUAUCAAUUAAAUCAAAUAACCCAAAUCAAUCGUCAAUUUUAAAUAAGAGUAUAAACAAAAGUGUAACAGUAAAAUCCCAUCAGACCAACGAAUCUGCAAUGAAAACAUCGCGAGUUUUGAAACGGGAGUCUUCUGAAUCGUAUAUCGAGAAAACAAUGGGAACUAAUCAUAAUUUAUCUAUAAAACCAUGUAAGCAAUCCAAAUUCACGGGUGACGAUGACGAUACAGAUCUACCACCGACGAAUCAAACGAAACCACCAUCUAAACAAAUAGCGGUGCGUCCAGCAAACCAGAGAGUAGUGCAGCAUCAAACUUCUGCAGUAAACAAUUACAACCAGGAAGCGACCACUAGCGUCAAAACCAUUCAGACCAAGACCGUCGUUCAGGAGAUUACGACAACUGUUACACGAACUAUAAAGACUAUCAACCAAGAAGUCUCCAACUCAAGCCAAGUUACUCAAAAUGUGUCCGGUAAUCCUACUCCGAUUCGCGGCAGGAUGAUAGUGAAGAAUAUGCGGCCGCAGAUACAAGGAGGGAUGCGCGGAGUGUCGGUGCGGCCCGCGGCGCCGGGGCUGCAGGGCCGCCGGCCGCCCGCGCCCCGCGGCGCCAACACCGCCGUGCGCAGCGCGCGCCCCGCCCCCCCGCGCCCCGCCGCGCCGCCACCGCGACCCACAUUCAACAAACCUCUAAAAAUAUCACCCAACUUAAUGAAACAAAUGAAAGUUAAAAACGCGCCCGAACCGGAGCAGGAGGGGCACUUCAGCUGCUUCAAAAGGCCGCGGGAGUCUCUGAUCCCGGACGCGGGGGACUCCGUGGAGUCCGUCUGCACGUCGCAGGUCAGCAAGUCUAAUUUCAGUAGUUGCACUAAAACCGUGAAGGGUAACUCGGUGGUGACGGCCACGCAGACGCAGUCGGAGGUGCACAGCUCAAUGCGGGCGGUGUCGGCGCGGGGGGCGGGGGCGAACACGCUGGCCGCCAUAGAGAAGCUGCAACGGCUGGGGCUGGCGGUGAAGCGGCCGCGGCCCCGCCAGGACGAUGAUGACGAGCCACACUCGCAACUGGCCAUUGAAAGCGGCCAUUAGUUAACCGCCCACUAUAAGUAUUUAUAAUUUACCUGUAAAUUCUUACCAAUUGUAUUGUACAUUUAUGUAAUGAGGACUGAAUUUAUGUUGAAAUUUUGAGUUUGUGAAUAAUUUAUGAAAAAUAUCACAAUUUAUAAAUGUACGACUUUGAUAAUUAAUACUAUGUAUAUGUUGUGUAGCGUAUAUCUUAGCCAGGUAAAGAAUAUUUAGGAUAAUUAAUUAUUAUGUAUAAGUGAAGAGCCCAAUUUCUUAUGUGUUCGAAGAAAAAUAAUACUUAAUAAAUUUUGUAACAUUGUGAAUGCCAAUGUUUUGUAAAUAUAUCUUGUGAAGACAUACAAUUUAGUGGUUUCCUCAUAAGCCGUUAUGGUUGUGUACCAUAAACUAAUAAAAGCAUAUUUGUGACUA